AUGAGGGAUAGUCGAAGGCAGCAGCCGGUUCGUUCGGACCGGCAGCAGCCAAUGGACAGGUCGGGCGAACAUGUUAUUCACAAUGGUCAUCAGGGUAUGUUUCCGAGGCAGAACACAAUGCCAAUGCAGCCAGCGGUGUACCACUAUGAGGGACAGCAGCAGCAUAUACCGAACGUGGCGCAGAUGCAGCCUCCGUUCUCGAUGGGGUCGCAGAUGGGCAACGCUCCGUACAAUGGAGUACCGAUGUCUGGGACAAUGAGUGGCUCCACGGGCCCUACACCGUUCCAAGGGGUUCCACAGCCUGGUCUGGCGCCUGGAAUGGUGCCGACGCCGCAAUUCGAACCUGUUGAGCAGAAUCGCUUUGCGCCAGCGCAUUACUCGAGACCUCUGCCGAACCAAGCAUAUGCGGCGUUUGAUAACAGUGGCAAGCCAUUGAGUGGCGGGUUCAUGCCAUCGAGCAACAAGCCCGUGGCGUCUGCUGAUGCCACGACUGCGGCGGGAGGUGCUGGAUAUUCAGGACAGUAUCCGGCCGAUUUCCUCACUCAGACGUACAUGGGAAGCACACUCUCGUCAGAUACUGGUGGAACCAACGAGGAAAAUGUGAACAAGCGCAAGAGUUCGCAGGAAGACGACAUGCAAGGCGGUAGGAGGAUACCGAUGACUGGUCAAAGCCCUAUGGCCACUCAAAGCCCGAUGGUUUCUGCGCUUAGGUUCGAGUAUCUGCGGAAGUAUCAGGCAGAGCAGGCAUUAUUGCAGAUAUACGGAAUUAUUGACGCUAUAAACGUUGCAGGGCCCCUGAUACACGAUCUCACAUUCUGGAGGAAACUCAGUGAUUAUUAUUUCAGUCCUCGAGCAAGCGUCAGACACACCAGAAAGCUUGGCGCAGAUUACAGGCUUUUUGAGUUCGCAAUGCCGUUGCUACCGAUAAUGUGGGUCACCUUGAGUACCCUGGACGUCCAGAAAAUUGAAAUCUCAAUGUCACAGAUAAGAACAGAAGUUCUCAGUAAUGGAAGCAUAGUAUUCCAUACCCCGGCUUUGAAAUCCACCUACUAUUAUUCGGAUGGCAGCUACGUUACAAAUCACUCUCAACUCAAGGGCUGUUUUAAUGCAUCUUUGAAGAUCCAAUGGCUCGACAUUUUCAUGUACAAGUUCAGUCCUGGUAUUGAGUGGAGUUCCCUGGAAAGAGUUCUCGCUAGACCAAAUCUGAGGCUCAGGAAUAUACUCAAAGCAGCUGAAAUGUCGGGAUCGGAAGAAAGAACCAAUAAUAACAGGUCGGUAAAUGAGAAGCCGGAAGAUCACAAUGGCUUUAAUGAGCUGCGCUCUAACUUUUCUGUUUUCAAAAGCAUUCCGGGCCAGGGGCUUCAUGAACGUCUUCUAAGAAUGUUUCAAGUAAGCGACGUGAUGUCGACACUGUCUGAUCUAUGCGUCUAUCAACGCGACCAGAAGAUCAAGAGCCCUCUGGAAGCACUGGACUUAUUCGUUAAGCAAAAUAGAGAUGAGAGCACGUCGAACUCGAUGGAAAACAUAGGCGCUUUGCAUCCUACAGAUGGCGGUGGAAUGGCGAGGGGAAAGAGCUUUCCUGCUAAGGAGGACCAGGUAAGCGUGGGAAGCACUCCCACCGCUUGUUCUCCCCAAGAUGUCAGGGGGAAUAGGCCGGCUGUUGGUGAAAGCGGCUCUCAGCCGAAAAGAAGUCGACCUAGCAAAGUUAUUUCGCGGGCUUCAAAGGGCUCCUCAAGCUCGACUCCAACAAGUGAGAGUUUUGAUUGUAAUGGCAUUCCAGGGACUAAAAAGAUAAAAUUUUGA